AUGUCAAGCAGCAACAGCAACUCUUCCUUUUCCUUUGUGAUCCCCUCCGAAGAGGAAAGUCGCCGGGCCCCUUCUAUGGAGAUUACCAUUGUGGAGCGUUACAACACGAGCACUCGCUUGUCCACCACCAUCGAUGGAUCCUACCAGCUCCACUAUGCUUGUCCUUCUACGUCUUCCCUCAACGGCUCCUCCAAGGUUGUGGGCCAACAGGAAUAA